CUUCUCUCCUGUUGCUUUUUCAUGUUGAUCUAAUGUCAGUAUUCUAUUUCCAGUGUUACGUGGCUCUCGCUAAGGGUGGUCUCACUCCUGACCAUGUUCUUCUGCUGCCCAUCAAACAUUACCAGUCAGUGGUGGAUUUGGCAUCAGAGGUGGUUGAAGAGAUGGAGAAAUACAAGAGCGCUGUCAAGAAGUUCUGUAAAAGCAGAGGCCAACGGUGCGUCUUGUUUGAGAGGAACUACCGCAGCCAGCACCUUCAACUACAGGUUGUGCCGGUGCCCAUGGAGAAGUGCAGUACAGAAGACAUCAAGGAGGCGUUCAUGACACAAGCUGAAGAGCAGCAGAUGGAACUGAUGGAGAUUCCAGCUCAUACAGACCUCAAACAGAUUGCUCCUCCAGGAACACCCUACUUUUAUGUGGAGCUGGAUACAGGCGAGAAGCUGUUUUAUCGCAUCAAGAAAAAUUUCCCUUUGCAGUUUGGCAGGGAAGUAUUAGCGAGCGAGGUGGUGUUGAACAUCCCCAUGCGAGCUGACUGGAGAGAGUGUAAAUGUACAAAGGAAGAGGAGGAGGAUCAGGCCAAAAAAGUGCGCUCUGACUUUGAGCCCUUUGACUUCGCAAUUGAUGACUGAGCAACACUUCAGAUACAUCUGACUUUAACACCUUCAAUCAUGUUUGUGAACUCCCUAAAUGUGUCCAAAACUGCUUAUUUUAUCUUUUUAUUCUUUUUAAAUUUUGAAGCUUUCCUCUUCCUUUCAUUUGGCAACAGUUAGAAAUGACUGUUGUCACAGUGGUCUUUUAAAAGAUAUCUUUGUUUUGGUGAUGUAUCAGUCUGUUGGAUGCCAAUAAGUGUGGAAUUUUGUUUUGUGACUCCAAAUUAAAGUCAUUUUUCAAAUUUGUAAAA